GUGGAUCCCGGAUGCUGAGUUAAGGAAAUGAGGCAGAAGGAGGUGAUAACCAAGACCUUCCAAGGCCCAGCUGUGGUCUGUAGGACUCCCACGAGCCACGUUUACAUGUUUGAGAAUGGUGUUGACGACUCCGAGGACUCCUCUGAGGAAGAGUCCCACCGAGUGGCCCUGCGGCCCCGGGGCAAGGAGGGCCAGAAGAAGGGUGCCCACCACUCUCACCGGCCAGGAGCAGGGGACGUGGUGCUGCUGCAGCGGGAGCUGGCCCAGGGGGACAGCCUCAACAAGCUUGCUCUUCAGUAUGGCUGCAAAGUUGCUGAUAUCAAGAAAGUCAACAACUUCAUCAGAGAACAAGACUUCUAUGCUUUAAAAUCUAUUAAGAUUCCAGUGAAAAACCAUGGCAUCCUAACAGAGACCCACAAAGAACUUAGACCCCUCCUGAACUCAUCCUCAGAGACCAGAGUGACCUUCGAGGAACAGCCAGACCCAGACAGAGCAGCUGUCAAUGCCAGCGCCUCAUCUAGCUCACUGAUGGAUUUCUUUAAGGGCAUUGAUCAGAAUAUUGAACAUGCAGUUCAGUCAGAAAUCUUUUUGAGUGAAAGUUACUCCAUAGAGACCUCCAGUCAGCCACUGCUUCCUGCUCCUCCAAAGAUACCGACAUAUGGUGCAGACUGUGGAAUUCAGUGGUGGAAUGCUGUUUUUAUCAUGCUUCUAAUUGGAGUUGUUUUACCAGUGUUUUAUUUGGUUUAUUUUAAAAUACAAGCUACUAGUGAGACCCCUAGUAUCUUGAAUACAACUGCUAUUCCUAAUGGCUCCAUGGCAGGGAGUGCAGUUCCAGGGCAAGCCCCCAGAUUAGCAAUUCCAAUGCCAACCAUCCCCUCUUCAGACAGCCAGUUCAGUCAGACCACCCAUGGGGGGAACUAGCUCUUGUUUCUAAGGAAUCAGGCCAACUUUAGCACUUGGGCUUCUGCUGAUGUUGGCCAUAUCUUAGCAUGCUGCAUUUUUUUUUUUUUCUGUGACAUAUGGACAGAUAAUCAGAAGUUACCAUCAUGUUCUCAGUCACAUUCAUCAUGGGGAGUGGACUCACCCAAGCUUGUGGGAGCCAAAACAUCAGCAUUCUCAGCCUCUUACAUCCAGAGAAGAGCGACAGGAGAGACCUUUACACAUGGCAAAUGCUGCUCCUUGAAGGCCUUUAGUGGACUGGACUUGGUGUGUCUUCACAAUAGCACUAUAGGCCCUCAAGUUGGACAUGCUUGGAGGGAGAUGAAUGGCCUUGGCAGAUGGACCUGCAUAUGGGAGACCCUGGUGUCAGCUUUGUUUGUGUGUUGCUUUGUCCCCUGCCUACUGUGGAGGGAUGGCUGGCUCUGAAAAAUGAUGUUUAGUAUCUCCCAGCAAAGACGGUGUGCAAUAAUGAGAUGCCACCCUGUUUCAGUGCGUGAUACAUUACAGUUGUAACAAGCCCUGCUUCACAUUUACACCCAGGUAGCUUUUUUUAUGUCAUAUCUAGAAUUUUGAAAGCCCUAAAUUGAAACUGCUGUAAUAUUGAGUAAAUAGCAGUUCUGUUCCUCAUAAUUUUAGAGCUCCUUAAUCUGACACACAGGCACAUUUUAAGCUCUUCGUGGUGUAGCCAGCACUUGCUGGCCAGAACAUUUGAAGGCCAUAGCCCAGUUUCACCUGAGGACCUUUUCCAUAGUGAUUGCUAACUGGAUUCCCCAAGUCAGCAUCCUUGGAAGGAGCUCUUUCUGAUCUGUGUUGAGUGGGGUAGGUAUAGGGAGAAAGAUGAGUGCCUUAUCACCCAGGUCCCAACACAUGACAUUUCUAAAGCUGAGCAGUCACCAGCCCAGUAUCUGCUGGCCCCAGUAUGCUCCUGGCAAAGUGGUGCAGGGAAAAUGGAUGUACUUGCUCUGCUUCCUUGAUCCCGUUCUUAGGACUUCUAGAGUUGUACAACAGGAUUAGGACUCAGUCACCUUUCUUUGGGUGAAUACAAUGUAGCUUAUUGAUGUUUAAAUACCAAACACUUAAUGUAGAGCCUAGAGGUGACUCUUGCUGUGGAAAACCAUAAAAAGAGAUGCUUGAGGUUUGCCCAUCUUCUUCUCUUACAAGGCAACAGUGGUGUUAAGUUUGGAAGCUCGUGGAGGGCCUGGUUGGCCUCUGAGGCCUUGCUGUUGUAGCAAGCGUGAUUGGGGUGAGGGUAGGAGCCUGCCUUGGUCCUAUGGAGGAGUGGAAAUUGGCCAGGGUGGCUGAGCCUUGGAAAGGUCUGCCUCCAGGGAGAAAAACAUGAUGCUCAAAUGCUGAGCUUUGGGCAGAUUUAAGGCAUUUGACACCUUUGGCCUAGAGUUCAGUUUAAAAGAGCUUAUGUAAGAAAAGGGGAAUGUUGUGGAUGAGUACUUGAGAUGGGUUUAGUUUCCCCUCUCAAUCAUGUGAAAAACUGUUUUGUCCUAGGUUCAAUUAGCAGAUUUAAAUCAUAAAACUAAAUGUUUUCUUCAAAGUCAAACUGGUCUUAAAGUGAACUUGUGAAUCAUUGCUACAGGAAAUGUUUUGAUCAUAUAAAUGCCUUUCUAGUCAAAUGUUUGUGUGCUGUGCCCAAGGACCACAAGUUUCUCUAACAUUUUGUCACCAUUAAUUUCAAAAGGCAGGAUGCAGACUCAUGAGAAAAUGAC